AUGAAUGCUCUCGAAAAAGCAACAGCAUGGCGAAGUGGCUCCAGUCUGGGGCCCGGCAACAUCACAUCCUGUAAGGCUAUUUAUCAUGGCGCCCUGCCUCCCUUCCCACCGAAAGACUGUCCAGACUAUGAGCAGAAAGAAGAAGAGUGUUUUAAGUGGAUGGUAUCCCUGGUAUUCAACUGUCUCAUUAAGGCAUCCGAGCAGCGGCAUACCUCCAUUGCCUUCCCUGCUCUUGGAACCGGACUCCUGAAUUACCCAGUCCAACACGUCGUCCAGCUGAUGUAUAAAGCUAUAAGACUCUUCAACGAGGACAAAGGAACUGGGUCCAUUAGUGAGAUCAUUAUCGUGAUCUAUCCAGAGACUAAGCUCUCAGUCAAACAGCUGUUUCUAGCUCACCGCCAUACAUACAAGUUGUCGACAAAGCAUCUCACAAGCAUACAAGAGUUUCACGAAGAGAUGAAAAAGGAUCACAAGCGGAAGUGUGAGGUUCGAGUCCACGUGGGUAACACACUAUUGCAGGUUGUGAAUGCCAACGUUCAUGAUGCCAGAGACGUCGCCGAGGUAGUCCUUGUUACAUGGAAUGAUAAGGAAAUUGAGAAUCCUAAAGACAAUCCCAGUCUUAUGAGCCUGUUUCCACACGCGAUGGAAUGGCAAGGAGACGCUUAUGUGUCUGAGCUUAACGAGACCAUGUGUGCCCUGGACAGCACCAGUCUUACAACUAUGACGCUGGUACACUCAUACAUACGGGGGAACCAAGUAGACGUGGCUAGUGAGGCUAUUGCACAGGGGAUAAGGAGCGCUACUGACAAACUGAAGUGCAACACCGUCACCAUACCAAUCGUUCCUUCAGCCAUGAUGGGGAAAAAACCAAAUGCUGCUGCUCGAUUGGUUCACGCCGGAGUGAAGAAGGCAAGCGACUGUGUUCACGUUGUGACAGUCAUCAUUCCUGAUAUCCACACAUUUUCACAAUUUGCCACCAAACUAGCAGAGCUAUGCAAGGGCGAGUUACAAGUUCGUGCAGACAUCGACAGGUCGCCAGUUGCAGAUGACCUAUGGAAGGGAACCUAUGCAGAAAAGGCCCACCAGUCCCAGGUGUAUAUGUAUUGCAAUUCUGGGACUAUAGUCAAUCAACCAGCACGUGUCAACAAGAAACUGAACAAAGCAAAAGGCAUACCCCGGGGAACCCAUCGUCUUGCUUCAGACGUCAUGUUUACACCAUGUUUGUGUUGACGGAGAAUUGUUGCAAAUGUGUACCAAUAUGUUCUUGUCUGAUUGCCUGUGGUUAGACAAAUAUGAUUCAAAAUACAGAAGUGUACAACACCGUACAGUUUGUUGUUUACAAUAGUGUACAUUACAGUACACAGUUUAUUGUCCAGUGUACAAUAUUGUACAUUGUGUUAUCCAGUGAACAAUAGUGUAGGAUACCAUACAUUGUGGUGUUGUCCAGUGUACAAUAUUGUACAUUGUGUUAUCCAGUGAACAAUAGUGUACGAUACCAUACACUGUGGUGUUGUCCAGUGUACAAUAGUGUACAAUAUUGUACAUUGUGUUAUCCAGUGAACAAUAGUGUAGGAUACCAUACAUUGUGGUGUUGUCCAGUGUACAAUAUUGUACAUUGUGUUAUCCAGUGAACAAUAGUGUACGAUACCAUACACUGUGGUGUUGUCCAGUGUACAAUAGUGUACAAUAUUGUACAUUGUGUUAUCCAGUGAAAAAUAGUGUAGGA